AUGGUCUACCCAAUCCUAAAUCCCGGCACAAAAAAGCGUUUGGAAGGCGGAUUUGGAAAUAUGGCCGUUGCAGCUGCUCCACAAGGCCGUCUGCGGUCGGCUGCUGCUCGAUUCUUCGAUUACGGAUCCAAUUGUGGCCAGGUCUUAAAGAGCUCCUCAUCUUCUUUCUCCUCAAGAUCUAUCAAUCCUGGAACGCACUACGGUGAUUCCCUUGAAAAACUCCUGUCC